UAUUAAGCCCUCUUCACUAUCUUAACUUCACCUGAGUUUAUAGCUUUGCUGUUAACUGUGUAUAGGUGUGCACGUGUCAGUGGAGAAACCCAAAAAUGAAUGGAGUUGUGCAGGAUAAAUAACUUCAGUAAACCUAAGAGAGCCAGCUGGACCCAGCAAGUUCAGCUCUUCUGAGAUUAUUUGCAUUGCUGUUGACAUCCUUCGCUGCUUGGUAUUUGGGAUAUUUGAUUGCUGAUCAUGUGGACCAAAACACACUAUCUAUUGCUGCACUUGAAGAGAUGGUAAAGAAACCGGUGUUGAGGGCUCCAGCCCCCAAAAGGCAGAAAUGUGACCACUGGUCUCCCUGCCCACCUGGGAACUUCGCCUAUCGCAUCCUCAGUGGCGGUGGCAAACAGAAGAAGGCUAAAAUUUGCUUUGAGGAUGAGCAGCUUAUAAAUGACAAGAAUGAAGAUGGAAGUGGUAUAAACAUUGCCAUUGUGAAUUAUAAAACAGGACAACACAUGUCAACAAAUUUUUUUGGAAUGUGGGCAGCAGACCACUCAGGGGAGAUGGCAGAUUACAUCAAGAAGGCACCAGAAGGGACCCUCCUUCUGAUGGCCACUCAAGAUGAUGCAAGCACCAGGUUGAAAGAUUACACCAAAAAAUUAGUGGAAGAACUGGGAAGUAAAGAAAUAAUGAAUAUAAAGUUCAGAUCAAGUUGGGUUUUUAUAGCUGCCAAAGGCUUCAAGCUGCCAGAUAAUAUCCAAAAAGAAAAGAUAAACCACUCUGACCAGAUGAAGGACAGAUACAAAGGCUGGCCAGCUGAAAUCCAAAUAGAAGGCUGUAUCCCAAGAAACCUGAUCUGAACAAAUACAUACCUCAUUAAUAAAGACAGUUCUAUAUUUUCAUAUCUGUGACUUUAUUAAAUUGCCUCCAGAACUCAAUAAGCUUCUGAACACCAAUUGUAAAACAGGUCAAAUGUGCAGUUUUUAACCUAUUCUUCCUCUCUGUGGUUUUAUUCAAAUCUGAAAACAAAUAGGUAUUUUGAUAAGAAGUGGAAAUAAAAUAAUCUAGUAUUUUAUUUUUAUUUGCAAUUGGAAUUGCAAUGUUCAGGAAGUCAGUCAUAAAAUGCCAGGAUUUCUGAAAGUGAGUAUCCAUUGUCAUUAAUAUUUUAGGGGUUUGGUUUUACUUGUUUCUUUUUAGUAUGUCUUUUGUUUUGGUUCCCUUUAAAUACAAAUACAGAAAUAGAACUUAGUCUAAAUUGUAAUAUAAAAUCACUUGCAAUACAGCAAA